UGUGCGGACCGGUCACCGAGGGAGACAGGACCCAGGCGGUGAACACUAGGUGGCCGCACGGAUAGUUGGAGGAGACUGGUGCGGUUGCCCCCAGGACUGGCCCGUAUUCCAGUAACGAGUCCCCGGCACAGGGCACGUCUGCAGGAUGGCUCAGGUCCAUGAGCUGCUGAGCCGGGAGGUGAAGGUCCUGCUGCGGAACCCGGACUGCGCGGAGAGGAGGCAGAUUAUCCGGAUAUGCAUCGAGCAAGGCACAUUGUCAACGCCCGUCCAUAAGAAGGACCUGGUGGUUCGGAUGACUGAUGAUACAGAUCUUUUCUUUCUUUACAACCUUGUGAUAUCAGAAGAUGAUUUCCAGUGUCUGAAGCUACAACAGGGCCUCCUAGUCGAUUUUUCAGCUUUCCCUCAAAAAUUUAUAGAUUUGCUUUACCAGUGCAUCAAUGAAGAAAACAAAGAGGUGCCGCGAUUCCUCUUACAGUUGUCCUCGGGUACAGUCCUGGGGAGCUCGCCUGCCCAGUUAGAUGUGGUUGAGACUAAUCCAUUUAAGCACCUGACACAUCUUUCUCUGCGACUUUUACCAGCAAAUGACAUGGAAUUAAAGACUUACCUGGCAACGUGUUUAAAGUGUGUUAAGGAAGAAAAACUGAUGUUGCAACACAAACUGAAAAAAACAGAAGACGACCUGACCCGACAGCUCAUCUGCACACAGCAGAGUUUGUCUGAGAAAAGUAUUGAACUGGAGAAUUUGAAAACUGACUCUUCAUCCAAGAUGACAUCACUGAAGAGCCAGCACUCAGCAGAGCUUCAAAGUGAAAAGGAAAAGGCUCAGCAGGCUUAUGCUCAGCUAAUGCAACAGUGUGAGCAACAAAGAAAGGAGUCUGAGAGCUGUCUUCAGAAGAAUACCCAGCAGAUGCAGAGCAGAUUGAAUGAGCUGGAACAGUCUAAUAAGGAUCUUCUUGAGAGAAGAUAUAAGGCAGAGUCUACUGUCCGAGAGCUCAGAGCAAAGUACCAGAGCCUCGAGGAGGAGCUGCAGCGAGCAGAGCAGAAGGUAACAUCCCUUGGCAGAGAGAACAGUGCACUGGACGCAGAAUGCCAUGACAAGGAAAAAGACAUUAAUCGCCUUCAGACACGGUUAGCUGUUCUUGAGCAAGAGCUGAAAGACAAGGAUCAAUUGGUACUGAGGAGUAAUGAAAUUCUUACAGCCACUCAGGAACAAAAGACUGUGUUAGAAGCGAGUGCUGAGAAGAAGCAAGUGCAGAUUGGGAAGUUAGAGGCAACAAUAAAAUCCUUAUCUGCUGAGCUCCUUAAGGCUAAUGAUAUCAUAAAGAAACUUCAAGGAGAUCUAAAGACACUAAUGGGGAAACUGAAGCUGAAGAAUGCAGUGACUGUGCAGCAGGAGAAACUUAUUGCAGAGAAGGAGAAGUUGAUUCAAGAAGGGCAAAGAAAAAUGCAUGACGUUCAGCAUAGUCUACGUUUAAAAGAGGAAGAGGCAGAAAAACUGCAAGAACAACUUCAGCAAACAGACAAGAAGUUAGAAGAAAGUAAAGAGCUUCUCAAGACAAAUGAGAAUGUUAUAUCAUGGUUGAAUAAGCAACUGAAUGAGAACCAGUCAGUGAGCUCCAAUUCAAGCAGUUCUGCCUUCAAGACAACAGUGUCACCCAACCAAAUGCUAGAAAACAGGAUACCUUUCCAUAGCUCCCGGAUUAACUAUCCACUUCCUUCCUCGGUCAUACCUCACAUGGCACGUUCUGCUUUACACCAGCCCUCGGAGGUAGUUCGCCCAGGUCCACGGGUUCAGUUCAAUAAUCCACUCUCAAAGGCAAAUUUUCCAGGACCACCUCAGGGUGCAAAUAAAGAGAAUGGAGAACCUACAGGCCUGGAUCUUAAGUAUCUGAAGAAGAGAGAGGCUGCCCUCCCUUUACAAGGCCUUAGCCAAAACACUGCGCCAGAACCUCAUAAAGCUUCUUUACGUACAGUAACCCAAGCAAAGACUGGACCUCCGAUUCAAUCUGCAUACUUUCCUGGACAAGUGUCAUCUUCUUGAUUCCUUGUGGCGAGCUGGAUGGUUUCAUGUCUAAAGCCCUUGUAACUGGAGGAUGGAAAUCUUGUUAAUGGCUGAGCCUACGGGAACAGAACUUAUGGCCGCUCCAGAAAUAUUUUUAACAGACCACAGCAUCUUCCUGUGUGGACCACAUAGGACUGGAAAAGGUUGUUUUGGUCAGUUGCUAGUUCAGAUAUGUUUGGGUUUGUGUGAACAUCUGUUUAUUUCUAUUGUAACAGUGAUUGAUGCGUGGUACUAAUAACACUAUGAGGGUUUCACGCACUGCCCUCUAAAGCUCUUUCAGCAAGGAUUCUUGUAUGGACAGGACUAUAAAAAAAAUAGCGUCUGUGCGGAAUUCUAAGAGAUCUGGAAUCGCACACAGGGUUGUCCUAUCUCGCC